AUGCGUCAAGGAUCGUCUGCGCUCGCUUCGACGUCCGCGUCGACGCACGCGAUCGCGCAUCGCCGCGUCAUUCGUCGACAAAGUUUUCGUCGACGUCAGCACAACGCGCACUUUAUCGCCCGCGCGCGCGCCGUCACGGACCCGUUCGCCGACCCCAAGCCGCGUAACGUCGAUGGAAAGCUUCCGAGCGACGCGUGGCGGCAUCUCGUGCAAGUGGGCGCGGGAAAGCGAAACGGAGAGUAUCAAGGGGAGGCGCUCACUGUUCGCGCGUUUCGCGAGGAAGACGUCGGCGCGGUGGCGACGCUGUUGCUCGAGAGCGGCAUGCAGGGGUUCCCCACGGAACGACGAACGUUGGAGGUGUACCUGGCGAACGCGGUGGGGGCUUACCCGUACGGGACGUACUUGGUCGGUGAGGUCGGGACGAGCUCGGAGAUAGUGGCCACGGUCGGCGUGUCGUUCAACGAAGAGACGCGAAGGAAGUUUACGUCGCUGUCGCCGCCGAGCGACGAUGGAUAUCUCUCUGACCUCACGGUAGCGGUGGAUAAACGAGGGGCGGGACUGGGGGUGGCGAUGCUUCACGGCGCCGAGGAGUUUGCGCGCGCGAUGGGAUGCGAGGAAAUGUGGCUUCACGUGGCACUGAAAAAGCCGGGAGUGGUCACGUUGUACAGGGAGCACGGCUACGGCGUGCGAGGCGUCGAUCCUGGGCUCUUCGGCUGGCGCGGUAGGCUUUUGAUGAGUCGCAAGAUGUAA